AUGGGAUAUAACACUGACCUUCACCAUGAUGAUGUGGAGAGAUCACAGAUGUUUGUGUCGACGUAUUUGCAAAUAAUAUUCUCAACAGUUUUGGUUUUUAUUUACUUUCUUGGAGAAGGCACUGCUGACAAGGCGUUGGAACUUAAUGGAACUGACAUGGGAAGAUGGAAUGUCAUUGUUGAGCCUUUUCGGGAAGAUGCAGACUGCGUUGGUGUGGCUUCUGUGUUUCUUUAUGGAGAAGGUGCAGAAGACAAGUUGCUGGAUCUUGAUGGAUCCUACAUGGGAGGAAGCAAAAUACUUGUUAAGGUUAUUCCCUCGACGGGAAUACACACUGUCCACCCUCGUCGUCGUUAUACUGCCUGGCCCAGGUAA